GUCAUUCAUAAAAUUUGGCUUUCUCUAUCAGGUUAAUGAAUGGAUGAUAGCAGCCAGCAGUUUAUUUUGCUGUUUUGUCCAUACAGUGCUUGUCCAUAGACUUAUUAGAGGAAAAAUAGUUUCUCGGGAUCAGAUCAUGAAAAGAGGGCUUAUCAUGGGCAACAGAACCACGAAUUGCAAUUGGCAAAUGAACUAUCCAGGGCAUCUAGGAAAGAAGCAUGGUCAUGCAGCUUCCCUAAAACUUACUUUGAUCUUUGAUUAGUUUGUCGGCGAU